CCGGUUUUCCCUGUGUCCAGACAGCCAUAAGAACAUGAUCACCCAGGAGGAGGGGGAGGAGGAGGAGGAAGGGAGCCCCUUCCGGGAGGAGCGCCUGCACAGGAAGCACUCGGAGCUCAAGGAGAAGAUGCACAGCAUCAGCCAGGGAUUCGAGCGCCUGCGCCGCGUCGCACACCAGGGAUACGACCCCUCCAGCGAAUUCCAGGAGCCCCGCGUGAUUGACCUGUGGGACAUGGCCAAGUCCACCAACUUCACCGAGAAAGAGCUGGAUUCACUCCGGGUGAGUCUCCUCAAGCCUCCUCUGGACAGUUUUAAUUAG